AAACUCCGUUUUCGCGAAAAGCGAAAAAUCUCCCCGCCUGUCUUCCCCCUCCCAAUCGACGGAGCAGAUAAUAAUUACAAUCUUAUAUAUACCAUUGCGUAUAGAAGCCAAAGAGAAGACAUAAAUCAUUUCUCAUUCUUAGAUUUAAUUUCUAGUCACGAACACCCACGUCCUUUAGAUUCGUGUCAGCGGUCCUUCCUGCGUUCUAAUAUUAUAGCUUACCCUACCAACCUACCAACCUACUUAGCUACGAUGGCUAAGAGGAUGACGAGCAAGGUCCCCGAUGCCUGGGAAGACGACGAUUGGGAGGCCCAAGCAGAUAAGGCUGCCACAACCAAAGACGAAUCGACGUCGACGUCGCAGUCGCAGUCGCAACCCCAACCGCGACUAAGCAAAGCCGAACGUCUGGCGCAACACGCCGAGUCCAACAAGAAGCUCUGGGAAUCAGCCGAAGCCCCCCCCGGAACAUUCCACUACCUCGCAGCGCGCUCCGACCCGCCCCUCGCAACAGGCUUCAAGCCCGCGGUCAAAGUCCUCAGCCGGAAACCCACGCCGUCGUCGGGGGACCCCCACAACCGCGACGGCGACGACGAAGACGACGAAGACGGGAAGAAGACGCCCCAGCUCACGCCCCAGGAGAUCCAGCUCAAGCAGCAGCGGGAGCGCGAGGAGAAGCAGCGGCGGUACAACGAGGCGCGCGCCAAGAUCUUCGGCACCAGCACUACACAGAACACCAAUUCCAACGCUAGCGCCGGCGUGGGAAGCUCGAAUCCGUCCUCGGGCGCUUCGACGCCUGGCGCCGUGACGCCGCCUCGAUCGGCUGAAGGACGGGGCCCGCGGGGUAGAGGGCGAGGUGGAAGAGGAGGAGGAGGAGGGGGACAUCGGCAUAAUGAGAGCCGAGGUGAACGGGAUAGGGGCGAUAGGGGGGACAGGGACAGGGAUAACAACAUCCAACGACCUGGUAGUCAAGCUAGUGGUGGACGGGAACUUUACGACCCGAAUUACUCGCCCAAGCCGGGCUUCCAACUAGAGCGCCGAGCCAACAGCAACAGCAACAACAACAACAACAACAGCGACGGCGGAGCACCGCUAUACCGGCGUUCGACGCCGCGGGACGAAGAACAAGUCAUACGUGCGCCGCGGGGACCGGACGGGAGCGGAAGGGGAGGAUUCGGGUUUGCGAAGCGUGGCGCCAAAGGCAGCUGAUUUGAUGUAGGAUUUAAUACUACUACUUAUACGCUGCGUCU